CCCCAAAUUUUGGUCAGCUCCGUCUCAACAAACCUCUCAACAGGGGAGCAAGAAGCUUAUCGCGAGAGUUUGGCUGUGGGCGUUUCUUGUGCCUCUCCGGUUCUCGCGUUGUUUGAUCCAAUAGUAGAGCGAGGCGAAAGGGGAGCUCAAAAUAUCGCGAGGUCCUGUGAGACUCUCGCGAUGUUUUCUGCGCUUGCCCCUCCCCCCUCCUCCAAGUGCCGUUUCGGUUUAAUCUAGUGUGUGACUGAGUGUGUGAGGGAGUGAGUGUGUGUGAGGGGUGGUACUGAGGUGAGGCCGAGGCUAGGAAAAGGGGCUUCCUCGGGAGCGAGGAAUAAAGGGGGCGUGAAUCGCCUAGGCCGCGGGACCCCGGCGACAGGAAGCUGAACCGGGCCACCGGGAAGGGGAAGGGCCCUCGCAGUGCCCAUAGGGCCCCAGAGCCAGAGUCGGCCCCGCAGCCCAGGGCCGCUGCGUUUCUACUUCCUCGAGUUCCCGGCAGCCGGGCCAGAGGAGAGCGGCUCAGCAGGGCGCGGGGAAGGACGCGGUCUCACAACUCCGCCGUGAGGAACUCUGGUCUCCUUCGCCCGUCUCUCCCCACCUCAUGUAGGAGGGCGCCGAGGCGGCGGGAGGGGGAGGAGCCCGGCCGCGCGUCCCUUCCCUCCCAGCCCCGACGAGGGGCGCUCGGGGGGCGUGGAGUUGGGCCGGGGGCGGGAGGGGCGGCUUCGUGCGGCGCCGGGGAACUUUUCCCCGUCUUCGGGCCGUGGCGAAGGGAAUGCCCAAUUCCGAGAGACAUGGGGGCAAGAAGGACGGGAGUGGAGGAGCCUCUGGAACUUCGCAGCCGUCAUCGGGAGGUGGCGGCUCCAACAGCAGAGAGCGUCACCGCCUGGUGUCGAAGCACAAGCGGCACAAGUCCAAGCACUCCAAAGACAUGGGCUUGGUGACCCCGGAGACGGCAUCCUUGGGCACAGUUAUCAAACCUUUGGUGGAGUACGAUGACAUCAGCUCCGAUUCCGACACCUUCUCUGACGACAUGGGCUUCAAACUGGACAGGAGGGAGAAUGAUGAGCGGCGUGGAACGGAUCGGAGCGACCGCCUGCACAGACACCGUCACCACCAGCACCGACGUUCCCGGGACUUGCUCAAAACCAAACAGGCCGAAAAAGAAAAGAACCAGGAAGUGUCCGGCAAGUCGGGCUCGGUGAAGGACCGGACGUCGGGAAAUUCCAAGCGCUCAAAUGAAGAGGACGACUAUGGGAAGGCACCCCUGUCUAAAAGCAGCGGCAAGGAAUCGCGGUCGUCUAAGCUGCACAAGGAGAAGACCCGGAAAGAACGAGAGCUGAAGUCCGGGCACAAGGACCGGAGUAAGAGUCAUCGGAAAAGGGAAACACCCAAAAGUUACAAAACCGUGGACAGCCCCAAGCGGAGAUCCCGGAGUCCCCACCGGAAAUGGUCUGACAGCUCCAAGCAAGAUGACAGCCCCUCAGGCGCCUCUUACAGCCAAGAUUAUGAUCUUAGUCCCCCCAGAUCGCACACCUCUAGCAAUUAUGACUCCUACAAGAAGAGUCCUGGAAGCACUUCGAGAAGGCAGUCGAUCAGCCCCCCGUACAAAGAGCCCUCUGCCUACCAGUCCAGCAACCGCUCGCCAAGUCCCUACAGUAGACGACAGAGGUCCGUGAGUCCCUACGGUCGCAGGCGGUCGUCCAGCUAUGAAAGGAGCGGCUCAUACAGCGGGAGGUCCCCCAGUCCCUACGGGCGGAGGCGAUCCAGCAGCCCUUUCCUGAGCAAGCGGUCCCUGAGCCGGAGUCCACUUCCCAGUAGGAAAUCCAUGAAGUCCAGAAGUAGAAGUCCUGCAUAUUCAAGACAUUCAUCUUCCCAUAGUAAAAAGAAGAGAUCUGGGUCACGCAGUCGUCAUUCCAGUAUUUCACCUGUCAGGCUUCCGUUGAAUUCCAGCCUGGGAGCUGAACUUAGUAGAAAAAAGAAGGAAAGAGCUGCUGCUGCUGCAGCAGCAAAAAUGGAUGGAAAGGAGUCCAAGGGUUCACCUAUAUUUUUGCCUAAAAAAGAGAAUAGUUCAGUGGAGGCUAAGGAUUCAGGCUUGGAGUCUAAAAAGUUACCCAAAAGUAUAAAGUUGGAAAAAUGUGCCCCAGACACUGAACUGCUGAAUGUAACCCAUUCAAACACAGAGGUCAAAAAUUCUUUAGAUACAGGGAAAGUAAAGUUGGAUGAGAACUCUGAGAAGCAUCCUAUUAUGAAAGAUUUGAAAGUACAGGGAACAAAAGACUCUAAACCUGUAACACUGAAAGAGGAAAUUGCUACUCCAAAGGAGCCAGAGAUACCAGAAAAGAAGACCCCUCCACCUCUCCCCACAAUUACUUCUCCACCUCCUUUACCAACUACUACCCCUCCCCCUCAGACACCUCCAUUACCACCUUUGCCUCCACUACCAGCUGUUCCACAGCAACCACCUCUGCCUCCUCCUCAACCAACCUGUAGUCAGGUUCCUGCUCCCAGUACGUCAACUUUGCCCCCCUCUACUCACCCAAGGACAUCUACUCUGUCCUCUCAGGCAAGUUCUCAGCCCUCUGUACACAUUUCUGUGAAGACUCAAGUUUCUGUAACAGCUGCUAUUCCACAUCUGAAAACUUCAACAUUGCCUCCUCUGCCUCUCCCACCCUUGUUACCUGGAGACGAUGACAUAGAUAGUCCAAAAGAAACUCUUCCUUCAAAACCUGUAAAGAAAGAGAAGGAACAGAGGACACGCCAUUUACUCACAGACCUUCCUCUUCCUCCUGAGCUCCCUGGUGGGGACCCAUCUCCCCCAGACUCUCCAGAGCCAAAGGCAAUUACACCACCUCAGCAACCAUUUAAAAAGAGACCAAAAAUUUGUUGUCCUCGCUAUGGAGAAAGACGACAAACAGAAACUGACUGGGGGAAACGCUGUGUGGACAAGUUCGACAUUAUUGGAAUUAUUGGAGAGGGAACCUAUGGUCAGGUGUAUAAAGCUAAAGACAAAGAUACAGGAGAGCUAGUGGCUCUGAAGAAGGUGAGACUAGACAAUGAGAAAGAGGGCUUCCCAAUCACUGCCAUCCGUGAGAUCAAGAUUCUCCGUCAGCUAAUCCACCGAAGUGUUGUCAACAUGAAGGAGAUUGUCACAGAUAAGCAAGAUGCACUGGAUUUCAAGAAAGACAAAGGUGCCUUUUACCUUGUAUUUGAGUAUAUGGACCAUGACUUAAUGGGACUGCUUGAAUCUGGCUUGGUGCACUUUUCUGAGGACCACAUUAAGUCGUUCAUGAAACAGCUAAUGGAAGGGCUGGAUUACUGUCACAAAAAGAAUUUCCUGCAUCGGGAUAUUAAGUGUUCAAACAUUUUGCUGAACAACAGCGGACAAAUCAAACUAGCAGAUUUUGGACUUGCUCGGCUCUAUAAUUCUGAAGAGAGUCGCCCUUACACGAACAAAGUCAUUACUCUGUGGUACCGCCCACCAGAGCUGCUGCUGGGAGAGGAGCGUUAUACGCCAGCCAUAGAUGUUUGGAGCUGUGGGUGCAUCCUUGGGGAACUGUUCACUAAGAAGCCUAUUUUUCAAGCUAAUCUGGAACUGGCUCAGCUGGAACUGAUCAGCCGUCUCUGUGGUAGCCCUUGUCCAGCUGUGUGGCCUGAUGUUAUCAAGCUGCCCUACUUCAACACCAUGAAGCCAAAGAAGCAAUACAGACGCCGUCUACGAGAGGAAUUCUCUUUCAUUCCUUCAGCAGCACUUGAUUUAUUGGAUCACAUGCUGACUCUGGAUCCUAGCAAGCGCUGCACAGCGGAACAGACCCUACAGAGUGACUUCCUUAAAGACGUUGAGCUCAGCAAAAUGGCUCCGCCCGACCUCCCUCACUGGCAGGAUUGCCAUGAAUUGUGGAGUAAGAAACGGCGACGGCAGCGACAAAGUGGUGUUGUGGUGGAAGAGCCACCUCCGUCCAAAGUUUCUCGGAAAGAAACUACCUCAGGGACAAGUGCUGAGCCUCUGAAGAGCAGUAGCCCAGCACCCCCUCAGCCUGCUACUGGCAAAGUGGAGCAGCCUGGGGCUGGGGAUUCAGUAGGCCUUGGUGACAUCACACAGCAGCUGAAUCAAAGUGAAUUAGCAGUGUUAUUGAACCUGCUGCAUAGUCAGACUGACCUGAGCAUCCCUCAAAUGGCACAGCUGCUUAACAUCCACUCUAACCCGGAGAUGCAGCAGCAGCUGGAAGCCCUCAACCAAUCCAUCAGUGCCCUGACAGAAGCCACUUCCCAGCAGCAGAAUUCAGAGCCCAUAGCCCCAGAGGAGUCUUUGAAGGAAGUACCCCCUGCCCCAGCAGCCCAGCCUUCAGCAGAGCAGACAACCCCUGAAGCUUCCAGCACACCAGCUGACAUGCAGAAUAUGUUGGCAGUUUUCUUGAGUCAGCUGAUGAAAACCCAGGAGCCAGCAGGCAACCUAGAGGAAAACAACAGUGACAAGAAUAGUGGGCCACAGGGGCCCCGAAGAACUCCCACAAUGCCACAGGAGGAGGCAGCAGCAUGUCCUCCUCACAUUCUUCCACCAGAGAAGAGGCCCCCUGAACCCCCCGGACCUCCACCGCCGCCACCUCCACCCCCUCUGGUUGAAGGCGAUCUUUCCAGCGCCCCCCAGGAGUUGAACCCCGCCGUGACAGCCGCCUUGCUACAACUUUUAUCCCAGCCUGAAGCAGAGCCUCCUGGCCACCUGCCACAUGAGCACCAGGCCUUGAGACCAAUGGAGUACUCCACCCGACCCCAUCCCAACAGGACUUACGGCAACACUGAUGGGCCUGAAACAGGGUUCAGUGGCACUGACACUGAUGAACGCAGCUCUGGUCCAGCCUUGACAGAAUCCUUGGUCCAGACCCUGGUGAAGAACAGGACCUUCUCAGGCUCUGUGAGCCACCUUGGGGAGUCCAGCAGUUACCAGGGCACAGGAUGACAGCAGCAGCAGGGGUAGCCCUUGAGGAAUCUGGUGAUGGCCCUCAGUCACUUUGCAUCCAGAGCCUGGCAAAUUCAGUGUCUGCCACAGAAUUGAGAGCCAGGUUCAGUGAACAAUUCUACCUGUCCAGAUACCAUGUGAGAUGCCAGAAGUAGGGGCCAACAGCCUACUUCCUCUGUCUCUGGCGCCAAGUGGGUGCCUCACUGCCCACCACCUCCACCCUCCUUGCCUGCUGAUCCCUAGGGAGAUGGCUGAGGGUAGCAUCAGCCACACUUCUCUGUUAGCCCUGGUAUCGUUGCCCUGUGGGGCUCUGGAGAGUUGUCCAGGGCCAGAGCAUCUUCCUGCUACCUGGGCUCUGAGGCUGAAGUCACCUUGUCCUGUGACCUUGGAGGUGCCUCUCUCAACUCCUGCAAACCCGACAGCCAGCCCAGCAGCAGGCCAGGCCUGCCCUGGCAGAAGGCAGAAGCCCUUGCUCUGAGGAAGGCGCUGCUUCCCUGGUCGGCAGCUACUUUGAGUUAGAGAUGGAGCAGAUGCAGAAACCAAGACCCAGGGAGGGGAAUUUAGUGGAACCCUGUCCCAGAGUCGCUUUGUUGCUGGAUUUGGAGACUUCCCGGAAACAGGAGAAGGAAACGUAGGCCCAGGCCCCUGUUGCCCUUCUGGUCCUCACAAGAAGCAAAGAGAGCAAAGAGUCCUGGACCUGGUCUUGAGACUCUGGAAGUCUUCAUUUGGACCCAGCCUUGGGAUCCGACAUCCUGUUGACCAGACCCUCCUCUUCCCUGGAGAUCUCUAAGCCCCCAGCUGUGUUGGCAGAACCAGAGGGGAGGCAGCCAAGUGGUACUGAAAGGGAAGUGAAAGACCAAGUGGCAGAGUCCUUAGCCCCUCCUUUCUGUCUGGGAGAGGUGGCUGGAUAGAGUUGUCACACCAAGGGGCCCAGGCUUGGGAAGACACUGGCCAGACCUCCAUAGCUGGACAGGUCCAAAUCCAAAGCCUCCCUUAACCUCAGUUGGAGACCAUGCACAGGUCUUCGUUGGCCUUGGUCUGCUUGUCCUUGCUGCUGCAUUUUUCCUGUGUGUCUUUGGGUUCAGUGCCUUGGGCCAGAGGCUGAAGAGACUGAAGCAUCCUCGGAUGGCCUCCGCAGAGCUAGGGAAGUGGAAGCCUGGAACCGUUCAUGGAGGAGUCACGAGGAACCCAGUCAUCUGCUCCCCAUCCUCUCUGGGAGCACAUGAGAGAAAGGGCUUGGAUAGAACAGACAAGGUAAAGGUUAAACACGUGAGGAAACUUCCUGGUGGGACAGAGGACUUCAGCAGAUGGGCCUGCCCUCUCCAGAGUUCCACCUGCUGCCCGUGAAGUCGAGUCUAUGCAUGGAUGUGCAGGGACACUGAGGCACAAUCCUCCCCCUGCAGGCUGCUCACACAGCACACCUCCUUGCACCAUCAGGACAGGAUACCUGUGGUGCGUAGGUCCCCAAUUAAUGCAGCAGGGGGCCAGCUCCCAGUGCCAGCUCCACUGCUGGCCAACUACAUCAGUAAGUCACCUGGCCCCUUCGAGCCUGAGUUCCUCUUCUGUGAUGUGCCGUGAACUGCUCCUCUCCAGGGUUGUGGAACUUUUCCAGCUCCUCUGUAAGCACCCAGGACAGUGCCUGACACUCAGUGCUUGGGCAGCAGAGCACUGUCACUGGUGGACCAGCAGGGCCUGCGUGAUGCCCUUCACAGGCUAGGGAAAAUGUCCACGGUUUUCUUCAUGACGUGGACUGAAGUGGCAGUGCCCUGCGAAGGACCCAGGUUCCCCCACUCCCAGGCCUCCCUCGCAAGGAGAGAAGUUGCUGUCUUAGGCACUGUUGUGCCUGCAAGUAUUGUGUAGCCAGAAGGAGGUGGGUGAGGGGCAGCCCUUGAAGGAUGGCAGCAGCCAGCUUUGUCCAGGCACUUGACACUGACUGACAGCCAGAGCAGUCCAGGAAAGAAAAGAGAAUUUACUCCAUUUCUUGGGUGUCUGCUGUGCAUCAGCAUCACACUGUGUGUUUCUUGCUGCUGCUGCUGCUGUUGCUGCUGCUACUAUUGUAGUGUUUUUGUUUCAUUUGGUUUUGACUUUCUGAGACAAAGUCUUGCUGUGCAGUCCAGACUGCCUUGGACUCCUGGUGAUCCUCCCUCACCUCCCGGCUCAGUGGGCAGUGCUGGGGUUACCAUGUGCACCACUAUGACUGGCUCUGAGUGUUUUGUUUUGUUUUUUUAAGUUUGUUUAAAGAGUCUGUGGAGUUUUAGUCACCUACAUAAGCUGAUUUAUCAGUCUCAUCCCCUGUUGUUUUUUUAUCAUUUAGAUUCUUUUUAGGCAGGGUCUUGCUGUGUAGUUCAGCUAUGCCUUGAACUUACUUUGUAACCCAGGCUGACCUUGAACUCAUAGCAAUCCUCCUCCUUCAGCCUCCCAAGUGCUAGGGUACAGGUGUGCACCAUGCCCAGCUCAGUUAGAUGUUUGCACUGCUAUAAAUAAUGUGGCAGUGACUAUCCAAACACAUAAAACUUCUAAUACUGAGGAUUGAACCCAGCACCUUGUACAUACUAGGCAAUUUCUCUACCACUGAGCUACAUUCCCAGCCCAUUUUUAAUCUAAUUAAUUAAGGUCCUGCUAACUUUCCUAGGCUGCUCUCAAACUUGAAAAUUCCUGCCUCGGUCUCUUGAAAGCUGAGACUCUCAGUGUGCACCCUGCUUGGCAUCUCGCAUUGUUAAUAAAUUCCAAGAGUGGAUUACUGGGUCAGUAGAUACAAAUACCCAUCCCCCAUGGUUAUGAUCAUUUUACUGAUGUAGCCUAAUGAGAAUAAUAUUUAUUAAUCUUCCUCCCCGGAAUUCUACAAUGAGAACACACAGGCAGCUCCUUCUGUAUACCCAGCAGAGACAUUAGUAAUUUAUCAUAGCUUUAAAAAAAAAAAAUGAGAUUGGGCUGGAGAUUUAGCACAGUGGCAUAAGUGCCUGCCUAGCAAGUGCAAGGUCAUGAGUUCGAUCUCCAACACCAGAAAAAAAAAAAAAAAAAAAAAGGAAUUAUAGAUACACAUGUUGUUGGUAAGAAGUGAUUCAGAGGUCCCGUGUACACCUUGCCCACUUUCACUGAAAGUAACGGUUCAUAAAACUGUUAGAAUGUCACAGCUCGAUAGUGAAACCGCUACAGUCCACCGGCCUGGGGAACAUUUUUCUUGUCCUCAUGUUCAUAUGUGCAUGUGCACAUAUUAAGUCCUAAACUGUUUUAUUACCUGAGUGAGUUUGUGUAUCCACCACCACAGUCGAGCACCACAGAGGUUCCUGUGUUUUGAUAAUCACACCUAUCUCCCCAACCCCUCAACGUUUUGCACCGCUCCUCUGUCCACUUCUACAUUUUGUCCCUUCAAGAAUUGGAACUACAGAUGUAACCUUUCAGGACGGGUUCUCUUCACAUGGCACAGCACCCUGGAGAUCACCCAGGUCUAACCCCUAACACAGACUUACAGGUCCUUAACCAUUUACCUGUUGAAGGACAUCUGGGGAUCCCAGUUUUUGGCUAUCACGAAUAAAGUUGCUAUGAACAGGUA